AUGAGAUCCAUUUCUUAAUUCUUAACUCUGUCUGUGGUUGCUGUCGCAACAAAUGCAUUGAAAUUUGCAGUACUCAGUGACAUGCAUUUGCAACCAUACUAUGACCCAAAUAUAGAUGCUCAACAUUUCUGCCAAAAUUACUUUAUUAAGAAUAAACUUAAGCUGAGCUAUUAGGAUCUCAUAACUAGCUCUGAUUAUGCUCCUUUGGGAAGACUUUUAUGCGAUCCUCCAGCUGAUCUCAUCGAAAGUUUCAUGAGAAGAAUUAAUGAAACAGAAGGUCAAGUAGAUGUGAUACUUUUAACUGGAGACAUGAUCGGUCAUAACUUAGCAGUGAAUCCAGGGGUCACUGACAAGCCAGAGCUCUACUAGAAGCUAUUGGAAGUUCAUUCUCAACUUGGCCAAUUACUAAAUAAGUACUUCCCUAAUUCAUUGGUUUUGCCCACACUUGGCAACAAUGAUUGCAGAUACCAUUAUCAAUCACCUUAUGAGAAUGAUAAGCAAGAGUAUUACUCAUAUCUUUUUGAGACAUACUUCCUUAAUCAUACUAGAAACAACUAAAUCAAGGAGCUUUCAGAAAUUUAAAAUACCUUCUUAGAUGGAGGUUACUAUAGGGUAGAUCUCUCUGAAAAAAUUUCCAUGCUUAUGAUUAACACUCUAAUGUACAAUAAGAAUAAUGACCCAGCUAAUCAAGGUGACUAAUUAGAGGAUUAAUUCGCUUGGCUUGAGAAGCAGUUCAUGACUGCUGAGCAUGAUAGAAAGUUCAUCAUCUCUAACCAUAUCUAUCCAGGUUCAAAGUAAGAACAAAUACCAGCAAAACUCUGGCAUAGUAAUUAUACUUCAGAUUUCAUUGAGAUUCUUCUUAAAUAUAAUGACAAGAUUCUCCUAGAAGUCUCAGGACAUGACCAUAUCUCAGAUCUCAGGUAUAACCAUGGCUCUAAGAUACACUAAUCUGCUAAGAAAUCUCUAACUAGUGGCUCUCUAAAUGAUUUUAAUUUUCAUAACAUCGUUAUUGCACCUGGUGUGACUUCUGCUUCUGCAUAAAAUCCUGGCUAUGCUUUAUUCACAGUUGAAGAUUAAGACCACAUUUCAGCUAGAAAUCUUACUAUGGUAUUUUUACCAAUUCAAAAGACAUAUAACUGGACUUCAAUUCCACAGGAUUUGUCAUAAUGGCCAUUUAGAACUCUAAAUUUCAACAGCUUUGGACUUCAUGAUUUGAGUGCUGACUCUUUUCAUGAGUUGAGACACAGACUUCAAAAAGACAAUAAGCUCUUGCUCAAUUACCUCGCUUUGAAAACUGGAUUUGAUCCCAAUGAUCCAAUUGAAUUCUAAACUGCCAUUGCCAUUCAUCAAAAGGUAGCAACUCUCCUUACCUCAGAUCUCAAUCCAUAUGUCUACUUUUGCUAAAUGCACAAGAAUCUCGGUCAUUUGGACUACACAAACUGUAUUGAUGACAACAAGCCUAAAAGCAAAACCUUUUAAUUUGAACCCAAAUUUAAGCCCCUUCAAAUUUGA